AUUUGAAACACCCCCUCGUUCCCAAUGUGUCUGUAAUGAGCAGCUGCUUAUCCUCUCUCGCCAUAGCCUAACUUCAAGAGUAAAGCAGAACAAAGAGUGAAUAAAACCCCACCUUGAAACCCAAAACUCCAGCAAUAGAUAUGGCCUUUUCCAUCUCCACACAAACACCCACUUCUUCAAAUCUUUCGAUUACAAUUCGUCCAAUGUUGAACCCUCACUUCAAACACUCAUUCUUCCCUUCACUCUCCAACUCAAACCCCAACAGAACCCUUCAAUUCUGCUGCUAUGCUGCAAAGCAACAGAGUGGGCCGGUUAAAAAGCGCCCACCUCCAAGUAAAACGAAGAAAAAGAAGGGAAGUAAUGAUGAUUUGAAGGGCUUUAGUUUAGAUGAUGUUGAAAUUCAAGAAGAUAUGGACCAGUCGUCAAAGUCGAUUUCCAGGGCGUCUCAGUCAUAUCAGCCUCUGCCGUUGCCGAAACCACCAGCUGGGUUUGUGGUGGAUGAGCAAGGGAGGGUGCUCAUGGCUUCCCACAAACGAAUCGUCACAAUUGUUGAUUCUACCAACAAUUUCCCACUAGAGUGCAUUAUCAGGAGAGUUUUUAGAACUGCACGAGGAGAUGAGUGUAUGUUGCUCUGCCCAGUUGAUACGCCUGUCCAGAUUUUGAAGAGCACAAAUAUUGAAGGAUGGUCUGCUGUGUUCUGACCUCCUUUGAUGUUCAAUAAGAAUAAUAUUGUUCCAGUGUCUCUAUUCUUGGGAGUAUUAAAGU